UGGAUGGGGAGCCGGAAGUGACGGAAGAGCAGCUGGUAGAGGGUCUACUGAAGAAUGCGGGGGAACGUGGGAGUGACAGAAUGACACUAUGGAUGGUGGGGUUAACCCCCUCCUACCCGACAGCAUCCUCUUGGAAAUCUUCCUGUACUUGGAUUACAAAGAUGUGCUGUCAGCAGGACAGGCAUGCCGCCAGUGGCAGGCCGUGGCUCGAGAUGAGGUCCUAUGGAAGGAGCUUUUCUACAGGUACUAUGAGGUAGCUCGGGAUGUCCCACGACACCCAGCUGCUGUUUCUUGGUAUGGCGAGUUCCAGAGACUGUACGACACCAUCCCCUGCAUUGAAGUGCAGACCCUGAAGGAGCACAGUGAUCAAGUCCUCCACCUCAGCUUCUCCCACAACGGCUACAUGUUUGCCUCCUGCUCCAAGGACUGUACCAUCAAGAUCUGGAACAAUGACCUCGAGUUCUCCCUUUUGCAUAGCUCCAACAUGAAGAAGUUCAACUGGAGCUACACUCAGUUCUCGCAGUUCAACGCUGACGAUUCCCUCCUCCUGGUGUCUGGGGUCUUCAUGGGGCCCCGCACUUCCUCCUCAGGCGAGAUUGCAGUCAUCAGCUUAGAAAAUUUCACUCUCUUGUCCCGGGUGCGCAACAAGCCCUAUGAUGUCUUUGGCUGCUGGCUGAAUGAAACCAACCUGAUUUCUGGCAAUUUGCACCGCAUCGGCUACCUCACCUCAUGCUCUGUGUUGUGGUUGAACAACGCCUUCCAGGGGGUAGAAUCUGAAAACAUGAAUGUGGUGAAGAGGCUUUUCAAACUCCAGAACCUGAACGCCAGCACCAUCCGGACCGUGAUGGUGGUGGACUGCAGCCGUUAUGAUUCCCCUGACCUUAUGCCAAACCAAGGAGAGCAGUCGGUGUCCAGCCCUGCCACAGCCGCCAACCAGGCUACUGAUCUCUGCAGCGAUAGCGAGGAGGAGGAGGAGGCCAAACACCACACAGUGCCAGAGCCAUCUGCAGAGGACUCCCCAGGGGACAAGAGCGAAGCAGAGGCUGGAGAUGGGCUGGGCCGCUUCCUAACAGACAUCAUUGAAGGGCGCGUCCGGCCAGUCAUGACGGAGAUGGAGAUGGAGACAAAGGUGGCCCAGCUGCUGGCGAAAAGACGGACAAAGCCUCCUGAGCCAAACCUGCUCUCCAUGGAGGGCUGCAGCCAGAAGAAAUACUUGAUCUUCACCACUGGAUGCCUCACCUAUUCACCACACCAGAUUGGGAUUAAGCAGAUCCUGCCUCACCAAAUGACGACAGCAGGUCCGGUCCUUGGAGAAGAAAGAGAUUCUGAUAAGUUCUUCGAUUCACUUGACCAUGUCAUCGAUAUCCACGGACAUAUUAUUGGCAUGGGCCUCUCCCCUGACCACAGGUACUUGUACGUGAACAGCCGAGCUUGGCCCCAGGACUGUGUCAUUUCUGACCCUUUGCAGCCACCCCCCAUCGCCGAGGAAAUCGACCUCCACGUCCUGGACCUCAAAACGAUGAAGGAAGUGAAGCGAGCACUGCGGGCUCAUCGGGCCUACACACCCAGCGAUGACUUCUUCUUUAUUUUCCUGGAUGUCAGCAGAGAUUUUGUGGCCAGUGGUGCUGAAGAUCGUCACGGCUACAUCUGGGAUCGGCACUACAACAUCUGCUUGGCCAAACUGCAGCAUGACGACGUGGUCAAUUCAGUGGCCUUCAGCCCUGUGGAACAAGAACUCCUCCUGACAGCUAGUGAUGACUGCACCAUUAAGGUGUGGCGCUCCCCCCGUACCGUGAGGAUCCUGCACGCUGAGAAACCCAGACUCCGCAAGCCACUCUUCUCCUGGGCCACAAACCAGAGAAGCUGAGCCAGCCUGGUCUGCCAGGGAUCCUCUUUGACUGGUUCACCUUGGCCUGUGAGGCCAUCUCUGAUGCCUGGGGUGAGUGACUGCGGUCCUUCCCCUUGGCUUGGCUUUCCUGUCCACUGCCACAGUCAGCAAGACCUGGCCGCAUCGGAGGAAUAGGGAUAACUGUCCAAAGCAGACUUUACACACACACCCCUUUCCUUUUUAAUGGAGUUUCAAUGGCUUGUUAAUUAUCUAGGUGUGUUCACAUAAAAACACAUGUAAAACUUUCUGUCUGCAAGGAACAGUAGCCAACUUCAUCCUCCAGGCUAGAAUGCCACAUGGGUGCUAUUGAGGAUUCUUGGGGCUACCAGCUCUUUGGGUCGGGGAUUCUGUACUGUUGACAGCUCUGUGAGAAGCGGAAAUCCAGGGGAGGAAGGUUGUCCCUACUGAAUUUCUCCUAGCUGAAGUCACAAAGAACCAGGGCGAGAGUGAGAAUACCUCAGCCCUAUGGAUGCACAGUCUAGGCUAAGCCUGGCUGCAGCUGUUCUGCCGGAUUGAGUUUCACUCGCUGCCUCUGUCCCCUGGGAACAGCGGAAGCUAUGCUUUGCUAUUGAUGUUCCAGCUGGCAUCCUGCUCCAUUUAUAGGCACUCUUUCACAAGCUACAUAUUUGGAAGAAAGGAAGGAGCCCCCCUGGCAGUUUUGACCGACAGGAGUCUAAAAGGAAACCCCAGCACUUAAAGACUGCCAGGAAGGAGCUGAGCAAGAGGAUUCGAGGAGGGCUUCAGACCUUCAGCCCAGCCAGGCUUCCCACCCCCCUCUGUAAAUAACUCAGGGCAAGAGUUUUCUCCAUGAUCCCUGCAGAGGGGGAAGAGGAAAGUAACCAUUGAGGCAGGUGUGGGUUCAGGGGGUGAAGGUGAGAUCACCUGGUCACAUGGUGCAGCUGCUCAGCCAUUUAGACUGGUCUGGACCAAUGUUCCCUCUAAGCUGUGGAGUCUUGUGAGCAAAAAUUCUACUUUGUGAGCU